UGCACAUCAGCCCCUAUCAGUUAAAUUUCGGCCUCCUAAACCUAGAUGGCAUCCCUGCGAUGAAUCAUUCUCUUCAUGAUAUAAACAAAAGAUAUCUAAACAUUAUAAAUUACAUUUCAAUUCUUGCUAGCGCUUUGUGAACCAAAACUAUAAGUCCACAACAAUGCAGGAAAAUCGACCCGAAUUGUACGAGGAAGUGAAACUAUAUCGUCAUGCAAGAGAACGCGAAAAAUACGACAACAUGGCAGAUUUAUUUGCCUUGGUAUCGACUCUUCAAAAUCUAGAAAAAGCAUACAUUCGGGAUUGUGUUACCCCCCAGGAAUACACGGCCGCUUGUUCCAAACUGUUGGUGCAGUACAAGGUAGCUUUCAAACUGGUGCAGGGCGAUGAGUAUCCCAAUGUUGAAGCGUUCGUAAAAAAGUUUCGCUUGGAUUGCCCAGCUGCACUGGAACGAAUCCGAGAGGAUCGUCCCAUCACUAUUCGAGACGACAAAGGAAACACCAGUAAAUGCAUCGCCGACAUUGUUUCCAUGUUUAUUACGCUGAUGGACAAAUUAAGGCUCGAAAUACGUGCCAUGGAUGAUCUUCAACCGGAAUUGCGGGAUUUAUUAGAUACUAUGAACCGGUUGUCCCUGAUUCCGGACAAUUUCGAUGGCAAGGAGAAAGUAUCUACCUGGCUUGCGACACUGAACUCGAUGCAAGCCUCGGACGAGUUGUCCGAAACUCAGGUUCGACAAUUGCUUUUUGAUUUGGAGUCUUCGUACUCGGCGUUCAAUAAUCUGCUGCAUUCGACCUAGACUCCGAAGGAACUUUGUAAUUUCCAUUUGCCAUGGGACCGAGUGAGUGAAUAUAUGCUAAACAUCUAGUGUCGUUUGCAAAUACCGUUCAAGAGUUUGAAAAUAGCUUAUAUCUGCAUACAUAUAUUUUAGAGGUCAAUAAAUUAGUUGUUUACCGAAGAUGUUCUAACACACAUUCAAAAAUUGAUUUAGACGUUUUUUGUGAUUAUAAACCGUAUAUGUUCUUGCGAGAUAAUAAAGAAAAUCGAAUUAUUAAAAAUAAUGCAGGGUGA